AAACAUUUAAUAGAGCAACAUAACAUGAUAAUAACAAUGGGUUUCUGUUAAGAGUACGUAAUGGGCCUAAUGGGCCUGGGCUGGCGGUAUAGCCCGUUAGUCAUAGGGUUAAUUAGAGAUAAGGGUCGCUUGCUUAGGGGUCAAGUAAGCUUUGCUGGGGAGUCAAGUAAACCUCUCUAUAUAAGGGGAGGAGAUGUAUCAAUCUAAUCAAGCAAGAAUUAAGAAGGAAAUCCCUUCCCUCUUGCUCGGCCGUGGCAAAAAGGCCCCCGGCCGGCCCUCUCGCGCCCUCCUUCUAGCAGGACCAUAACAAUCUGGUAUCAGCUUUUCCAGAUUCGAUCAUGUCCAGCCCUCCACCGAGUUCUUCCCACCCGCCGCCGCCGCACACCUACCCGCUGCUACCAGCGUCUUCAUCGGCGCUGCUGCCCCACACAGAAGGCGCGCCGGCAUUGGGCGUGCUGGCGUCCUCAGGGGCGAUUGCACCCUCUGCCCCGGCCCCGGCGCCGUCCGCCCUUGUCCUCACCCCGGAGCAGAUGACAGCCGCAAUCCUGGAAUUAUGGCAGGCCGUGGCGGGCAUCAAGGCCUAACUCGUCGGGCCCUAUGCACCCCAGUCGCAUCCCCAGCAGCCACCUCCUCCGCCGCCACACCAACAGCAGCUACCCCCGCCGCCGCCGCCCUUGGACGCGACCACGGCGCCGGUCAUCUCUGUUAGAGUUAUAAUAUAAGUCAUGUACCCCUUUGUAUUUAUCUCGUUGUAUGAGGGGUUUCCUGCAUAUGUUCCACACCUGUACAUGUAUAUAUAUAUCGGCCUAUGGCCUCAUGGGAAUACAAGUUGCAUAUUCCUAACAUGGUAUUAGAGCUAGGUCAAUUUUAUAGCACGCGCAACUCGUGCGAUUGAUCCAUCCGAUCGAUCUCCAACCGCUGCUCGAAGCUCGUCCUUCUCGAUCGAAACAGGGCCCCGUCCCUCGCGGCUUCAUCCCUGGGUGCUGUCGAUCCGGCUGGAUCCGGCUAGUCCCGCUCGCAGCUGGCCGUCAACGGGCCCGAUCGGCCUAGUCCCGCUCGCAGCCGGCCUCGAUCUCCCAGCAGCCGCCUGAUCCAACAGCGCUGCUCUCCCACUCGAAGCUGCUCCAUAGCCAGCGCCUGAUCCCAGGGCGCUCGUCCCAGCCGCCCGUCCCGCCUGAUCCCGAUCUCCCAGGGCGCUCGUCCCAGCCGCCCGUCCCGCGGGCUGCCCAGGAGCUCGUCCGAAGCUCCAGUAGCCAGCGCCUGAUCCUGAUCUGGUUGUUCUAGUCCGAUCCAAAAAAAAAUGUCUGCUGCCUCGGGUUUUGUUGCUGUCCCUCGCUGUCCGGUGAUCUUUGAUGGUACUAACUACACCGAGUUCACUGGCUUCAUGCGCAUUCACAUGCGUGGCAUUCGUCUUUGGGGUGUUCUUUCUGGCGAGGUCUGCUGUCCCCCACGUCCAGUUCCUCCGGUGGCCCCUACUCCGCCAACUCCAUCGGUUCUUCCUACGGAUGCUAAUCAGGCCGCCAAGGAUGCGGCUAAGGUUGCUGAUGAGGCUGCUGAUCGUGCUUAUGAUGAGAGGGUUUUGGCUUAUGAGGAGGCUCUUCAGUUGUAUCAUGGUGCUCUGUCUGCUUACACCCAGUGGCUUGAUGAUGAUGCUCGUGCUGCAGCUGUUCUCACUGCUAGUGUUCUGCCUCAGUUUGCUUCUGAAUUUCUGGGUCUUUCUACUGUCUUUGAGAUGUGGACCCGUCUUCGUGAGCGCUAUCAGCCCUCUGGUGAUGCCUUAUACCUCUCUGUGAUCCGUCAGGAGCAUGCUCUUCAGCAGGGUGACUCUACUGUUGAUGACUUCUAUGCACAGAGUUCUGCUAUCUGGCGUCAGCUUGAUUCUCUCCGUAGUGCUGGGUGUCGUACCUGCCCCUGUUGCCAGGCUGUCCAGGCCAAUUUGGAGUUUCAUCGCGUCUAUGAGUUCUUGUCUCGGCUCCGUAAGGAGUUUGAGCCCCGGCGUGCUCAGUUGUUUGCUCGUGGCCGUAUUUCUCUCAUGGAGGCGCUUUCUGAGAUUCGUGCAGAGGAGACUCGCUUACGUGGUGCUGGUUUGCUGGAGGUUCCCUCUGUGCUUGCUACUCGUGCUCCUACGCCACCUGCUCCAUCGACCACUUCUCGCUCGAGUGCUCCGCCGCUCUUGCCCACUCCUUCUGGAGGCUCAGGUCGCCCCCGUCCACACUGCGCCUAUUGCAACAAUGAUGGUCAUCUUGAGUCUCAGUGCUAUACGAAGAAGAAACACCUGCGCAAGGCUCGAUCAUCAUCUUCAGGGACUUCGUCGUCUACCUCGACAGCUUCAGCCAUUGCUUUGACUGAGCAGGAUAUUCUGAGACUUAAGCGUCUGCUCGCGGCUUCAGGUUCUUCCUCGACGGGUACUGCCGGUUCUGUGACUGAUGCUUCCCGCACUGAGCAAUCACCCUCUACACAGUCAGGACCGUCACACGCACACUCUGGUUGGGGCUGGCCCUCGCCGCCGUGAUUCUCAGGGUCUUUGGGAGUUGGACUGGCUUCAUGUUCCUUCUGCUGCCACCACCAUCGCCAGUUCUUC